UUCAGCUACCCCCAGUCAUCCAUGGCCUCGACUGCCCCUGCCAUGUUUUCCUUUUCUCACACAGAACCAUCGACGGACCUGCUGAGCGGUUCGUCAUGGGGUGCCAAUGCAGAAGGGCCACAGAACUUACAUGACUACCCGGACAAUGGAUCAUCGCACUCAGGAGAAGCCGAGGAAUACCUCUUCACAUCCGGUCACAACUCGCCUAGGGGACCAAGGCUUGAUCAGGCCCAACCCGCUGAUGUGGCAUGGACCGCCGCUCCCAAGGCGGUCAUGUCCAUCGCUACAGGAGCCCAAUCCAUGUCUCGAGCUAGCUCGAGCCGCUCCCACGGCUCUGCUGUGUCAUCGACACAGAUGUCUAAUAUGAGCGUCAGAGGUAAUGCACAAGCUUUCCGGAGUGGACCUCACCCUGCUGGCUCCAUGGCCGGAAUGGACUCCUGUCUGCUGCUGGACUCCGAUGCCCACGGUGUUGCGUCCCACAUGUACUGGCCCGACUACACCCUCGAGAUGAACCUUGGCGCCGACGGCGUUGCCUUCCCCGUUCCCAAUGUGAACCCGCUCCACGUGGUUCCUUCACAGAUGCACCUUGCCAAUGACAACGUCCCGGAUGCGUCAUCCCCCAGCACUUGGGAUUGCUUUUCCAGCUCCAUCUCCAGAACCUCCACCCCUGCCACCAUUGAUGAUGCUUGGCAGCCCGCUCCCUUCAGCCCCGAGACUUCCCCCGAACUUUGCCGAUCGCCUAGAGACAGAAAGAUCCCAAUGAUGCCGGAGGACAUGCAUGCACGCGCCGUUUCCCAUAUGGAGGAUGCCUCGGCUCUUCCUCAAGCCUAUACCGCUCGCCGACAGGGAAGUGAGGGGGAGUCUGCCAGAGACCAUGCCUUGUACAAGAACGUCACUCCCCAGGCGGACGGCCUCUUCCACUGCCCUUGGGAGGGCCAGCCAAACUGCAACCACAAGCCCGAGAAGCUUAAGUGCAACUAUGACAAGUUUGUUGACUCCCACCUGAAGCCCUACCGAUGCAAGGCUGAGGCUUGUGAGGGCGCCAGGUUCUCCUCCACUGCCUGCCUCCUUCGCCACGAGCGCGAAGCCCACGGCCUGCAUGGCCAUGGGGACAAGCCUUUCCUCUGCAUGUACGAGGGCUGUGAACGAUCGAUUCUCGGCAGCGGUUUCCCGCGCCAGUGGAACCUUCGGGACCACAUGAAGCGAGUUCACAACGACCACGGCAGCGCUGGCGGCUCCCUUACCACGGCCGCGCAGCAGGCUGCCAAGGGACGGAAGCGCAAGUCUGAUGCUUCCGAGACCCAAGUCCCUACUAGCCGCAAGGCCUCGAUCAAGUCGAUGCCUGCCCCCGAGCCCAAGCAGCCCCCCGUCAAGCCUCUUAUUGAGCAGUGGCUGGACCAGCGCAAGGCGUUGGAAGAGAUUGUUCACUGCAUGAACAAGCCUGAUGAUGCCCAGAGCCUCCACCACAUUGCGGAGGCCCAGAAGCGCCUCGAUAUUAUGUUCAAGAUGGCCACAGACGUUGCCAACGCCACCCCCAAGACAGAGAUGCAGCCCGGCCGCCGACACUACCUGAUCGGUUAAGGGCUUGCAUUGAAUGUUACUGUUGAUAUCUCUCUCGUUUAUACCCCGGUUAUUACACCACGCGGGCGAAUUCUUCGUUUCUUUUGUAUCUAUUAUAUACACAGCACGGCUGCCCAGCGUCCUUGAGAGGAUGCUGGGCUCACCGGAAAAAGGGCUCCCAAGGAACGUCCCGCGAGUAACAGUCUCGCAGAUUGGGCC